AUGGGUGCUAAGGGAUUUGUUGAAGGCGGGAUUGCUUCCAUUGUUGCAGGGUGCUCUACUCACCCUUUGGAUCUGAUUAAAGUUCGCAUGCAGUUACAGGGGGAAUCGGCUCCUGCUCCUGUUAGUAACCCUAAUCUUCGCCCUGCUUUUGCGUAUAACGGUGGCGGCGUCACCACUGUUGAAAUGCCGCAUCCGCCGCCGCCAGUUGUUAGAUCUGGACCGGUUUCGGUGGGUGUGAAGAUUUUUCAAACUGAAGGUGUUGCCGCGUUGUUUUCCGGUAUUUCUGCUACUGUUCUCCGGCAGACGUUGUACUCGACCACCAGGAUGGGGCUUUACGAGAUUUUCCGAGAAAAAUGGACUGACCAGAAUACGGGUACGUUUUCUCUGACUCGGAAAAUCACUGCCGGUUUGUUGGCUGGUGGGAUCGGCGCCGCCGUCGGCAACCCAGCUGAUGUUGCGAUGGUGAGAAUGCAAGCCGAUGGGAGGCUUCCGUUGGCUCAGCGGAGGAACUACAAAGGUGUUGCCGAUGCAAUCUCGACGAUGGUGAAGCAGGAAGGAGUUACCAGUCUGUGGAGGGGAUCCUCCCUGACGGUGAACCGUGCGAUGAUCGUCACGGCCUCGCAGCUGGCGUCGUAUGAUCAAAUUAAGGAAACGAUAAUCAAACAAGGGGUUAUGGGUGACGGACUGGGCACUCAUGUGACGGCGAGUUUUGCAGCGGGAUUUGUGGCGUCGGUUGCUUCGAAUCCGGUGGAUGUGAUCAAAACCCGGGUGAUGAACAUGAAGGUGGAGGAAGGGGUGGCGCCGCCGUAUAAGGGGGCGAUUGAUUGUGCCCUGAAAACGGUAAAGGCGGAGGGGCCUAUGGCCCUUUACAAGGGGUUCAUACCCACAAUUUCAAGGCAGGGUCCUUUCACGGUGGUCCUUUUUGUGACCCUUGAACAAGUGCGAAAGGUCCUCAAAGAUUUUUAA